AUGGGUUUGAGCAGAGUAUCAUUGGGCUUUUUGGGCCUGUUCUUCACAGCAGGCUCCAUCUUGCUGAUCUUUCUGACACUGCUGGGUGGUGCUCGCAACAGCACCCCACUCAAUGAGAUCUACUUCCUGCAGGCCGACACGGGGAACAUCCCUGGGGCGCCGACGACUUCGCGAUGGACCUUCUGGAACGUCUGCGGAGUGACCAACGGCAAGAAUGACUGCGGAACAUCGCACCCCGAUUACCCAUUCGAUCCCCCAAGCCACCGCACUUUUAAUACCACUGAGAAUGUCCCCCAGGAGUUCAUCGGAACCAACCACUACUUCUUGAUGUCGCGUUUCAUGUUUCCCUUCAUCAUCAUCGGUCUCUUCUUCACCGUGCUGUCGCUCUUCACUGGUCUGCUGGCCAUGUGCACGCGCAUCGCAAGCUACCUCUCUGGUUUUUUGGCCUGGCUCGGUCUGACCUUCCAGGUCAUCACCACCUGUCUCAUGACUGCUGUCUACGUUCAGGGCCGCAAUGCCUUUAACCGAAAUGGCCAAAGCUCCAGCCUAGGCGUCAAGGCGUUCGCCUUCAUGUGGACCGCAACCGCCUGUCUGUUCCUCGCAUGCCUGAUGUACUGCCUCGGCGGAGCUGUCGGUCGCAAAGACACAUCCGGAUACAGUGGACGCAAGGAACGCCGCCGCGGCUUCUUCUCUUCGCAGCGUUCGAACAGCGUGAAAAGCCAGAAGAAGGAGCGCGAGAACACCUCCUACGCUUAA